GUAGGGUUUAGGGUGGGGGACUGGAAGCCGCCGCUCUGCAACCGCAACCGCAACCCCCUGAGGCGGCUGGAAGGGCGUAUCUACUCCGGAGGUAACGAGAUCCUGAUCCGGUCUUCCGAGUCGCAGCCUCGACAAUCGCUAUCGCUCAUAUCUGCUGCGUGCGUGCGGUUGGUUUCUAGCGAGGACUUGGUGCAAUGGCUUUCGCUAGUAGAAUUGGAAAUGCGCUCAGGAGAACUUCGGUGCCCUCUAGCUCGCCGCUGCUUCAGGCAGUAAGAUGCAUGUCCUCUUCCAAGCUUUUUGUUGGAGGACUUUCAUAUGCCACAGAUGAAACCACUCUGAGGAAUGAAUUUUCAAAAUAUGGAGAUGUACUUGAAGCCCGAGUCAUCAUGGAUCGGGAAUCCGGCAGGUCAAGGGGAUUUGGAUUUGUAACUUAUACAUCCAGUGAAGAAGCCUCAGCUGCAAUUACUGCCAUGGAUGGCAAGGAACUUCAAGGCCGACCUGUAAAGGUGAACCAUGCCAAUGACCGUGCUGGUGGAAUACGUGGAGGUGGUGGAUUUGGCUCCGGUGGUGCUUAUGGUGGUGGAGGUGGAUAUGCUACUGGUGGGUAUGGCGGUGGCGGUGGAUAUAAUUCUGGGGGAUAUGGUGGUAACAGUGGUGGAUAUAGUUCUGGAGGGUAUGGUGGUAACAGCGGUGGAUACGGUGGAGAUGGUGGCGGCAGUGGCGGCUAUGGUAGCAACUCCAACAAUGCUUCUGGUGGCGGAUAUGCUGGCAAGAGUGGUUACAAUGAUGGAGCUACCAGUGGCGGUUAUGCUAGCAACUUCAACAGUGCUUCUGGUGGUGGAUACGGCAAUGUAGGAAGCUACGGUACCACUGGCAAUCCUGGUGGAAAUGCCGAUGGGUACAGUUCUCCAAACACCUAUGGUGCAGGCAACUACAACGAUGCUUCUGGUGGAGGAUAUGCUGGCAACAGUGGUUACAAUGAUGGAGCUACCAGUGGCGGUUAUGCUAGCAACUUCAACAGUGCUUCCGGUGGUGGAUACGGCAGUGGAGGAAACUACGGUACCACUGGCAAUCCUGGUGGAAACACCGGUGGGUACAGUUCUCCAAACACCUAUGGUGCAGGCAAUAACAACAGUGGAGCUCCCAGUGGUGGAAGCUUCGGUGGUUUUGGUGGCAGUUUCAGCAAUGGAGGUUUCACUGCUGCUGCUGCUGCUGCUGGUCCCAACAGUGGUAGUAACUUUGCUGGAAAUGCGACUAGUGUCGGCUUCAGUGGCCACAACAGUGCUGGAGGAUUUUCUGGUGGCGGGGCAACAGGAUUUGGGGCUAACAAGCCGCAGUACAAUGGCCAAGACGACCUGCUGGGCGACAGCUACUUCGCUGACAAGGAAGCGGCAGAGAAUAGAUGAGAGUGCUGCACCCAUUCAUGAUUCAUCUGAUGCACGUUGCUGCAGAUCCUUUGUUUAUCCAAGCUGCAUCGGAUCGACCGUGAUAAAUAGAGCAAAUAAAAACUUUGUCUGAGCUUAUUAGGGUAUAGUAGAGCGUACGCUGCUUUAGUUUUUGCGUUCUGUUUCCAGACAAGUUAUGUGGUGCUUUUUCAAUUUUCGCACUGGUUGGCGUUACAUGCUCUUUUUAAAAGAAAUUGGUAGUUGCAUCUCUUACAUACUGUUGAUUCCUUGAUAGCAAGGCCGAUUGCCCGAAGCUACCAUUGUUAGGGAAGUCCGUAACAUGUGGAAGCACAGAGACGGCGAGGCCUUAAACAACGGUACCCCUAAUCCAGUUGUGAAGUUGUAAAUACAGUUGUUUUAACCGGUGAGAAUAAAUUGUUUUGUAUGUAUGAACAAUUUGUAAUUUUUGGUGCUUCAACUCUUUAUGCAACAUCUACUGAACUUGCAAGCA